AAACCAUUCAACAAACACCAACGAACGAAGAAGGAAAGAACAAAAACAAAACAUCAUAAGCUCCUCUUCCUCCACCGAUUGCUUCUUCAAUCAUUCAUUCAAACCAAAUUCAAUUUUGUUUUCUCAAUCUUUGACGCAUAAUUAUUCUUAAAUAAGGUUUCAUUCAUUCAUUCAACAAACAAUAACAAUAAAUGGGUAUUCCUUCAGAACUUAGAGAUGUUUGGGUCUCCAAAAGAAAUUCUUUUAUUAUUGCUUCUCCUGAUGAAGAGAGGAAGCUUUUAAGGACUAAAAUAUGUACUAAUGAAGGUGUGCGUGCUGGAUUCAAGGCAGCUGCCGUUGCAUGCGUUGUCAGUACUGUGCCAACAUUGGCUGCUGUUCGCAUGAUUCCGUGGGCAAAGGCAAACCUCAAUUAUACCGCUCAGGCACUUAUCAUAUCUGGUGCAUCCAUUGCAGCAUACUUCAUCACUGCUGAUAAAACUAUCUUGGAAUGUGCGAGAAAAAAUGCGCAGCUUGAAAAUUCUCUGAGACACAAUCGUGACACAGUUUCAUCUUAGACACUUUGGUGAAUGAUUGUGCUACUUGUAAUGUUCAACCUAUAGACCUGUUGCAAAAUUUUCCUCUGGGUCUCUCUCAGAUGGAAAUGAAGGUGUAUAUUCUUAAAUAAGAUAACUUUUUCUUGUUGUGUAACAGCUAUAUUCGGAAUCGCCACUCCAGUAAUUAGUGGAGUGGCUUCAUAACAAGAAUUUUGCGGAAUUGAUCUAGCUUGUUUUAUUUAAAGUUGAUGUACCAUUAGUUAAA